AUGGCGGCAAUAUAUGCACUAGGAUCCAAUGGCUCUGGCCAGCUUGGACUUGGCCACAAAGAAGACGUGUCUGUGCCGAAACCAGCUCUUUUCAAGUGCAGCACUCCAAAUUCAACACCUCUCAUCAGAGCAGGAGGAAACCACACGCUUUUACUGUCAUCUGGAAAUCUUUACUGCUCUGGUGAUGCUACCAGUGGAGCUUGUGGUCUCGUUUCGGAUUCUGGAUAUCUGGACUCGGAAUUUCAAGAAGUCCAGCUAACUUCUGAGGGAUCUCCAAGCCUUCAGUCCAACACAGUUUUAUGCGCUGCUACAUGGGAAGCCUCGAUUAUCGUCCAGGAAGACCAGAAAGGGCGCUCUACUAAAGUAUAUAGCUUCGGUAUUGGUAACAAAGGCGAGCUCGGACAGGGUGAGCUGCUUUUUCGCUCCUCGAAAGCUCAACUUAUCAAAGACUUCCCACCGGAUGGGCUUGAGGUGGUGGACUUGGCGGCAUCUGUCAGCCAUGUAGUUGCCGUCAUGGAUAACGGUGAUGUUUAUGGGUGGGGAAGUGGUAGGAAAGGCCAGCUUGGUGAGCCAGAAGGGAUCAUCUAUACUCCACGAAAGAUUGGGGGCAUCAAUUUCAAGGUCAUUCGAGCUGUUUGUGGGCGAGAAUUCACAUAUCUUGUUGGGGACCCUGUGGUUGGGGAUCAUCUUGUCUUGGGUUCUGACAAAUGGAAUGUGAAAUCUUCAGCACCACUGUCUAUGUGCGGAUGGAAGAGCGUGGGUGCAAGUUGGGGAAGCAUAUUUGUAUUGCAAGAGAACGGCAAUCUACUAUCGUGGGGCCGAGAUGAUCAUGGCCAACUUGCUCCUCCGGGACUACCAUAUCUAUCACAAAUUGCCAUUGGCAGCGAACACGCCUUAGGGUUAACUAAAGAAGGGAGCGUCUUGGCUUGGGGAUGGGGCGAGCAUGGUAAUUGCGGACCCGCCACCACCAACGGAGACGUUGUGGGUAGAUGGAACGUAGUCGCUUCAGCUCAGUAUCUACCACCCAAAAGCAAAAUCGCAAGCAUCGGGGCGGGCUGUGCUACGAGUUGGAUCUGCAUUACUGGUUGA